AUGGUGGGAACAACAAAUGCGGCUAAUGCAGCCAAACAAGCCGCUGCAAAGAUGCACCGACGCUCGCGGACAGGUUGCUUCACAUGCCGAUUGAGGCGAAAGAAGUGCGAUGAAGCAAAGCCGUCAUGUCGCGCAUGCAAGCACCUUGGACUGCAAUGCGAAUACAAAAGACCAAUGUGGUGGAGCAGCAGCGAGACACGGAAAGGCCAGAAAGAGCGCAUCAAGAAUAUCAUCAAACGGACAAAGCUUCAAGAGAAGAGCCAACAGGGCAUUGCGAUGAGCGCAACUACCCCACCCGGCUUAUGUCACUCUCUACCUACUUCCGACACUUUUUCAGACGGCAUUGGAUGCACCCGUGCGCCAUCCGUCGACUCCCAAAACUCUUUAGAUUACAACUUCAACGCUGUGUCUACCCCUGGACUAUAUGAUUCGAUAUCGAUGCCGCCGCCCAUGUUCGCUCCCUCGUUCCAUCCUGCGGGACAGUUCGCCCCCUACGAGGUUGAUAUCAAAACUGAAAGCCAGCUCUUCAUUGACGACAUCCCGACUCGAAGAGAUUCCACAAUCUCAACGUUUAGCACAUACCAAACACCUCCUGUUACCGGCCACCCCUUCCCGACGGAAAACUGGAUACAGCAAGAUUAUUUCGAGAGUCGUCGGGAGUCUUUUGCAGAGGAGCCUCUAGAUUUCCAAGUCUUUGAUUUCCCUCACGGAUCCUUCAGCCCGUCACAUCAAGCUGUGAUUCCAGUCGAUGAAUGCGACCAAUACCUGCUCAAUCACUUUAUAGAAAAUGUUGUCCGAUUGGUUUUUCCCAUCCUCGAAGUGAACCAGCACGGUUCGGCGCGUUCAGAUAUCAUACUCCCUGCAUUGGCUACCAACAAGACCUAUCUCCACAGCUGUUUGAGCGUUGCUGCUGAGCACCUCAAAGCUACCGAGCGGAUCCAGGGUGAACAGAUCGACCGGGACAUCAUGAACCAUCGCUAUGAGGCGAUCAAGGAGCUCUGCGAAGCGUUCCAGCGCGACACCGACCACGCACAGACGCUCGAGGCCACCCUUGGUAUGAUCCUAUUUCAGUGUUCGGUUGGUCGCGCGGAUGAUGGUCCCGCAGCUGAGGCAAUGGGCGACGCCAUUGAUGUCAAGUGGCACGCGCAUUUUCUGGCCACUACGCAAUUGGCGCAGAGACUCGAGCUGCCGGCGCAACUUGUCGCUUUGAACGGUCAACCACACGCACAACCGCCCUUUAAUAUGACCCUUACAUCUUGGAUUGACAUCCUUGGUGCAACCAUGCUCGGGCGAACUCCAGUAUUUGCGGACACGUACCGAGAAAAGUUGAUUGCAGAUUCGCCGUCAGGUCUUGCUGAACUCAUGGGAUGCGAUGAUAGGAUCAUGUAUUUGAUCUCUGAGAUUGCAUGCCUCGAAGCUCUGAAGAUGGACAAUAUGGACGAAGUACAGCUUUGCGCUCACAUCAAGCACGUCGGCGAUCAAAUCAGCCUCUCCGAGCCGCCGCCAGGUACCGUGAGAAACCCGUACUCGUCGACUGGAGCCAUACGACCAAAGCAGCUCAGCACGAACCUGACGGCCGUCUUCCGGUUGGCUGCGCGCAUCUAUCUCUGCAGUUUGGUUCCCAACUUCGAUCGCACUCAGGGAAGUGUAAUCGCGAACAUGGUGAAUGCUCUGAGUGAUACCAUGGAGUACAUUCCAGCGGGUCCCGAUGGUUUCGAUACUUCUCUGGUGUGGCCGCUCCUGAUUGCCGGCUCCGUGUCGCUGCCGAACUCACCUUUUCGCACGAUGUUCUCGGAGCGAGCUAACCGACUAGGCGAGGCUUCAGACUUUGGAUCCUUUGGUAGGAUGAAAGAGCUACUCAAGGAAGUAUGGCGUGUGAACGAUGCCGCCCUCGCCAACGGCGACAAACAGUGUGUCCACUGGCGGGACACGAUGCGACAAAAGGGCUGGGAUUUCCUGUUGAUCUAG